AUGAGUGAACCUCCCGACAUUAGAACUGGAGAAGAUCGUAACAUUGAAUCAGUUGCUUCCUCUUCUUCGAGUCUUCCACCAUCUUCAAGGCCAAAGAAGCCAGCAACAGCCAAACCUCAUCGAAAAAAAGAAUCACAAGCUCCACAACAACAACUACAUAAUAAUAACACGAUGUUGGUCGAGCAGCCUACGACAUCACAGCCUUUUACGCAGUACGCUUAUAUUACCCCAACAACAAAUUUUGAACCGGCAUCAACUGAUGCGACGGUUCCAGCAGGUUCACAACAACAGGAAGUGAGAAGGAAGAGGCCAGGGAAGAAGGCACGACAAAAUAGAGCUGCUGGUACCACUAUUACUGCUGGUCAACAACCUGUGAAAGAUGCUACGAAUGUAGAUCAAGCUUCUGGUGGAGUGUCAGUCUCUGGUGAAGGUAGCUCAAAUCAUAUAGAACGCAGUGGAUCUCCCGCAAACGCUGGCAGAUCUGCUACGAAUACAGCACAAUCCAAUACUAGAAGCUAUCGACAAGGUGCUACGAACUCUGUUAAUGCAAGAGUUGACGCAUCGUCACUGUCAUCCAACGCAUCAUUUGCAUUCAACCCUGAUUCACCAGUCUUUGCACCUACUUCAUCCGCUACAUCAUCCAAUAAACCACCCAGAAAUAGUUAUGAUAGCAAUAGUAGUAAUGCUAGAGCACAGGAGUCAUCUCGUCCAUCUAGUAGUCAACAACAGCAACAACCAAUGAGAAACAGACAACAACAAUAUGACCCAUCUCAGCCAUCAUCUAGCCGUGACACCAAUCCUGAUCAACGAAGGGCCAAUCCACAAGCACAAGGUGGUUGGCCUCAAUCGGUGCUUGGAGCUAAUAGGCCCCAGUCAACAGGAACAGGUCAACGACAAGGAGGCAGACAAUUUGAUUCAGCUCGUACUGGAGCUGCUCAAGAUUUUAAUAAUAGAAAUAUGCCAUCUGAAUAUCCACAAUCACAGAAUGGUACUAGUAGUAGUAAUGGCAGAGGUCCAACUACUCAAGGAGCUGGAGAUAAUCGUCCUUUACAACAGCAACGAAUGGAUGAAUCCUCUAUACGCAAUCAAUCUCGUAAUCAACAGCAACCUCGUAAUUAUCAACCUCUACCACCAAAGCCUCAAAUACCAGUAGCAAAACCAGUCCCAAUACCACCCAUACCCUUACAUGAUAAAGAUUUAAUGACGACACUGUCUGAAGGUCUUCGAACGUCAAAAUACGAUUGUAUGGUCUGCACUGAAGCCGUACUUCCACGAUCAGAAAUCUGGUCUUGUAAAACAUGUUUUGCCAUAUUUCAUCUGAAGUGUGUCAUGACCUGGUCGAAAAAGUCGACAGCAAAUAGCUUAGAUGGGUCAACUACUUGGCGCUGCCCUGGAUGUCAAACUAAUGUAGACGGUGCGCCAUUUUACUCUUGCUUCUGUGAAAAGCAACUCAAUCCAUCGUUUGAUAAAUUCUCGUCGAUACCACAUUCUUGUGGCCAAUAUUGUGGAAAGCUCCGCAAUUGUACUCAUAACUGCUCUGAAAAGUGUCAUCCAGGCCCAUGCCCUCCUUGUGUUGGUUAUGCCCCAUUAGUCAAAUGCUACUGUGACAGGAUGAGCUUCAAAGUCAAAUGCAGUGAUUUGCCAAAUCUAAACAGGUCAUGUGGAAGUCCCUGCGGUCGAAUGCUAUCCUGUGGUCUCCAUUCUUGUGAAGAUUUAUGUCACGAAGGAGAUUGCCCUCAAUGUAAAAUAGUAGAAAUAGAUACAUGCUACUGUAAGAAGCAUACUCGUGAAUUCCCUUGUGGAACAGCCAAGAUCUCAUUCUCUUGUGGUGAAACUUGUGGAUUCAAGUUUGAAUGUGGUGAACAUAGCUGUACAGAACCUUGCCAUGUCGAUAUGGAUAAGCAUCAAACAUUGUGUCCGUAUGAUCCAAGUCUGGUCAUGACGUGUCCUUGUGGAGCUACGAGUGUUGAUUCUCUCACUGACGGCAAAGGAAGGAUGUCUUGUACUGAAGAUAUACCCACGUGUAACUCUAUCUGUGGAAAGAGAUUGCCUUGUGGUCAUUCAUGCGAACAACGGUGUCAUACCGGUUCAUGUGAACAAUGUCAAAAAGUCCUAGAUAUAAAAUGUCGCUGUGGUGCUGAAACCAAGAAAUUACACUGCUCCUUGACUCAACGAUUGAGUGACGGUGCCAUCGCUCCCCCAUUGUGUGGAACGCUAGCUCCUAUAUGCUCUUAUCCUUGUCAACGACCGAGAGAAUGCGGCCAUCCCUCAACGCCUCAUAAUUGUCAUCCCGAUACUGAACCGUGUCCUCCAUGUCCAUUCUUUGUUCAGAAGCCUUGUGCUUGUGGGCAAAGGCUCGUGCCGAAUAUACCAUGUUCCCGAGUUGGUCUACCAUCUUGCGGUAACCCUUGCCUGAAACCCAUCACAGGCCCAUCACAGUUUGUCAACAUAAAUGCUUACGGUUUUGCCAUACGGCUAAUUGUAUUGAUGACACCCACAAAUGUCUUGCAAAAUGUGGUCGAACUCGACCUAUAUGUGAUUACACGUAGUUGCGUUUGUGGAAACAAGGCGCUACAAGUCAUAUGUGGAGCUUGGGCAGAGUCUCAGGGUAAUGCUGCAAUGGUGGUCGCCUGUGAUGAUUCCUGUUUGAUUGCGGAGAGAAACAGACUGAUGGCUGAAGCUUUGGGAAUUAUUCCAAAAGGUGAAGCGGCAUUCUCGCGACCUCAACCGCAGCCGUCGACAUCCGUACCAGUACCGCCAGCUCCUAUUGCUUCAGAUUCUGACUAUCCAUUCGAUAUUGUGAAGUAUGCACAAAGGAAUCUUUUAUGGGUCAAGUCACUUGAGAAGGCUCUUGAAGACUUUGUAAAGGAUACAACGCAAGAGAACUAUGAACUGUCUCUAGCAAAAGCAAGUCAGCAAAGGCUCGCUGAAAUCUAUGUACCUCAUUUUGGCCUCACUCUUACAAUCCGAGGUCAACAACUCUCUAUAAAAAAGGCUUUGGAUAAAAUACCAACUAUACCACCAUUCCUCUUAAGUGAUGUAGCAGAUGCAACGCCUCAUAUGCCCUUUGUCGUCAAGCCCAAUGCAGUUGCGAAUACCGUAGAAUUCUAUAAUGGAAUUGAAAUAUCUGGACUCAACUUUGGUAUCUCAUCUAGAGACAUUGAGGUCGCUCUUCGAAGUCUCUUCUAUACAGCCGAAAUCAAUCUAAAUAUCAAACUAUACGAGGGUAAUAGUAAAGCUAUAGUAAUCUUGACAUCAACUGCACUACUACCCGAUGAAGUUGAACAGAGGCUGAAAGAUGCCGAGGCCUCUCUUAAACAACGAUUUGUAGAUAAUCACCUCGCACGGUCUGUGGAUAUUAUUAAGUCUCAGGAAGGGUGGGAGUCAGUAUCGAAACGAAAGGCAAUUAAAGUGAAACCUGAUGGUAAAGCAAAUGCUGGUAAUUCGUCAGAAGCGUUAUCACCAUCACCAACAACGGUCAAGGAUGGUACUGUUGAGAAGAACAGUGAUGAGAUGGAUGAGGGGAAGAAGACGGAUGAAGAGCCUCCGACGUCUUGGGAGGACGUCGCCGAUGGUGCUGGUGCAGAACAGUAG